AUGGGGAAAGGACGUAACAAGAAUAAGGACAAAGACACAUAUUCGGGAGCUAGACACAAAGGAAGAGCGGAGGACAGCGAUAGUGAUGAUUCGGUUUCUACACACUUUACAGUGGAUGACGAUAUGAGAAGUGUACAAGGUGACGAUGGAACUGAUGUUGAUUCUCCUAGUUUUCUGGACAGCCUUGGUGAACAUAUAGAGAACGCUGGUCACAAGAACAUUUCUAUACGAAUGGCUGCGUUGAGGCAUCUUCAGGUGGCGUUAUGCUCACAGUAUAUUCCGGAGUUCGUGUCCAGGUGGAAGCUAACAAUAGUUGAACUCGUUAACAAAAAUUUGAGAAGAACUGACGAGGAAGUUGCCAUCGCAGCAGUUCUUCUCGCUCUUGCUUCUCUUCAAAUAGGUGAAGAAAUGGGCGCCGAUAUUGAAGAGCCGCUUUCCACUCUGCGUACAAUUGUGACUGAUAAUUCUAGAUCUGAACAUUUACGUUCACUUUGUGCGCUUUCUAUUGCUGUUACCACCCACGUUGCUUCAGUCGUUGAUGAGACCGUUGCUUCAAGUAUAAAGGCUCUAAGAUCUAUAUGGGCUACUGUGAAGUUGACUGGGCACAGCUCCAGACUAUAUGCUACAACUCUACAGAGCUGGUCGUUGUUGUUACAGGAUGCGGACGGAGCAACGGUGAAUUCUGCUUUUGGCGAAUUCUCUAAACUAGCAUCGUUCUUGGAAGCUGAUCAACUCGACAUUCGAGUCGCCACUGGCGAGGCACUCGCCUUUCUCUACGAACUUGGAUCGCAUAUUAGACCUGGUUUCAGGCUCCCUAACCAUCAACAGAUAGUAGAGCUUCUCGAUUCUCUAUGUACCGACAGCUCAAAGGGGAAGACCAAAAAGGACAAGCGAGCUCAAAGAUUUACUUUCAGGCAGGUAUACUCAAGUAUAGUGGAUAAAGAUACACCUUCGCUAACUAUAAAGUUUAAUAAAGAAGCAUUAGUCCUAGAUUCAUGUGCAUCUAAGCUGCUUUAUGAUAUCCUUUGCGAGCUUCUUCACGGUGGCAUAGUGAGGCAGUUGCAAAGCAAUGAACUAGUUCGGGACCUUUUUGAAAUGGGACCAGUCCAAGAGGUGGACAAGUUCGAGAAAGUCAAUAAGUUCGCAAAAAUGGCCGCACAUGAUGCGGCAUCAAAGCACAGGAACCAAGUGCGCAGUAAACAAAGGGACAAACGCAAUGUCGUGCUCUAG